AUGCUCAUAUCAAAGGAUACAAUAAGAGAAUUUGCAGAUGCAGACGGGAUUGGUGAAAUAGACGAAGAGGGUUACAGAAUAUUGGCACAAGACAUAGAAUAUAGAAUAAAAGAGGUUUGUCAGGAAGCUGCUAAAUUUAUGCAUGCAUCUCAUAGAUCUAAAUUGUGUGUUAGUGAUGUAAAUAAUGCUUUAAUAAGUAGAAAUCUAGAGCCGUUGUUUGGGUAUGAUUCAAAGGAUAUUUUGGUGUUUAAAGGGUUACAGAACAACUCUUAUUAUGUAGCAGACGAAGAGAUUAAUCUUGAAGAAUUUCUACAAAAGUCAUUGCCUAGAAUACCACUAAGACCAUACAUUCAAAGUCACUGGUUGGUACUUGAAGGUAUACAACCAUCAAUUCAACAAAAUCCUAUUGUGAUUGAUAAACCAGCAGGACAGACUGACAGUUUCUCAAACUAUCAAGAUGAGAUGAUUUUAAAAAAACAAGUAAAACAUAGACUUACUAAAGAACUAAAUAUGUAUUAUGAAAAAAUACUCCAAGUGAUGGAAUCUGAUCCUGAUGUUGCUUUAAACUGUCUUGAAAAUGAGACAGGUAUACAACAGUUAGUUCCUUAUUUUAUUCAUCAUUUCAAUGCUGAGUUAAAAAAUAAAAUAACUGAUGAAGAGUACACAAAGACAAUCUGUUUGAUGUAUUACAGCCUGUUUAAUAACAAGUUUUUAUUUAUUGAUCCAUAUUUGCAUGAAAUGAUACCAUCCGUUAUUACCUGUGUGAUAGGAAAAUCACCAACACGUGAAGUUAGAUUAUUAGCAAGUGAUAUCGUUAAAUAUAUUUAUGAUACCUAUGGAUAUACAUAUCACACACUUGCACCCAGAAUAAUAAAUACACUUUUGUCGGUCUACAAAGAUGAUUCAAAGACAGAAGAAUCACAAUGGGCUGCACUUUACUGUUUAUCAAAAUUAUCUAAUGAAGUAAUUGAAAAUAAUAUUUUAUCAAAUCCUUGCUUAUCUACUAAAGAAUCUGGGAUCAAGUCUGAAAUUUUCCCCACAGGGGGAAAAUUUCAGACUUAA